CUGUCCGGACACUUUAAGUGACGGACUAUAAACAAAUAAAAUGGCGGCGAUGUUGCAGUAGAAGAACCGGCCUCUCAAGGAGACACCGUUUAAUUGCGUUAAGGAAGAGCUGCGGACGCCAUGGUGCUGAAGAUCUUCUUCCCACAGUGCUGCAACCGGGCGGAGAGCGGGCUGCUGGUGGGCCGCUGGAUCUCCGGUCAUGACUCGGCCGUGGUGCUGGCGGUCAUCCACUACCCGUUCAUCCCAGCGCAGGUCAAGAAGUACAUCCAGCAGAUGCAGGCUCAGAGCCGCGUGGAUCUGACGGUUCUCGGCUCCUGGAGUCUCCCUAAAGACGGGCAGGAGGGCAUGGAGAGCUUCCUCAGGGACCUGAGCACCAUCUUCCCCCAGGAGCGCUGGCUUCAGAUCAGACGGCAGUUCGGAAAGACGGGCUUCAGCUGCGAGGUGCUCAGCCGGGACCAGAUUUGUGGGAAGAAUCCAGGAGAAAAAGCAGAGAAGAAAAAGAAGAGCGAAGAGGACGGCGGCGACGCAGAGCGUGAGGAUGAGGAGAAGGUGAUCUUCGUCCACUACGAGCAGAGGAAGGUGAUGCUGUCGCAGCUUCAUCCUGUUGAGGCCCAGGAGUCUGGGAACGGAUCAGAACCGAACUCUGAGCUCAGACAGGUGUUUGGGACUGUGGCGCGCAGCCAGCCGCUCUUCGUCCUGGACCGGUACGAUGACGGGCCGCUGCGGUCGACCCACUGGCAGUCUGAGGGCCGGGAGGCCAGCAUCGUGGUGGAGCUGCUGAAGCGGGCCUCGGUUCCGCUGGGCCUCCUGCUGGGCCGGAUGCUCUCCGUCUGGACCUGGAUCUGCAGCGCCCGGAUCCUCAGCGUCUUCCCGCUGCGCUUCCUGUCCUCCAAGCUGUCCACCUGCGUCCAGCUGAGCUACAGAACCGAGCGGCUCCAGACGCUGGGCGCUCCGCAGGCCGCUCCGCAGGCCGCCGCCCACAUGGACUUCAUGAGGAAGGCCAACGUCCUGGUGUCCGUCCUGCUAGACGUCUCGCUGGGCGUCCUGCUCAUGUCGUGGCUCUACAGAGACCAAAACAUCGCCAUGCUGGCCAGCAACAUGGUGCCGGCCGCCGACCGCGUGGCGCAGAAGCUGGAAGAGCUGCUGCAGUGGCUGAUGGGAGCUCCGGCCGGCCUGAAGAUGAACCGGGCCCUGGACCAGGUUCUGGGCCGGUUCUUCCUCUACCACAUCCACCUGUGGAUCAGCUACAUCCACCUGAUGGCGCCGUUCAUCCAGGGAAUCCUCUGGUACGGAGGCCUGUCCGCCUGCCUUGGCCUGACCUUUGCCCUCUCACUGCUGUCUGACAUGGUGGCGCUGUUCACCUUCCACAUCUACUGCUUCUACGUCUACGGAGCCAGGCUCUACUGCCUGAAGAUCUACGGCCUGUCGUCUCUCUGGAGGCUCUUCAGGGGGAAGAAGUGGAACGUCCUGCGGCAGAGAGUCGACUCGUGCUCCUACGACCUGGACCAGCUCUUCAUCGGAACGCUGCUGUUCACCAUCCUGCUGUUCCUGCUUCCUACCACAGCGCUGUACUACCUGGUCUUCACCCUGCUGCGCCUGGUGGUGGUGCUGUUCCAGGGCGUCCUGCAUCUCAGCGUUGACUUCAUCAACUCCUUCCCUUUGUUCGCCAUGGCGCUGCGGAUCUGUCGGUCCUACAGACUGGCUGAGGGUGUGAAGUUCAGAGUGCUGUGUGAGGAGCCGGGCACCGCACUCCACCUGCUGAUGGAGAUCAAUCCUCUGAAGUGCAGCAGCGUCGUCCAGACCUAUCGCACGCCGACCUACAGCUGCUACCCCAGAGACUCCUGGGUGGCGCUCGUCAAGAAGCUGUUCAUCGGGGAGCUGAUUUAUCCCUGGAGACACAAAACCACUAAGUCUGACUGACAGCAGAAACUCUGAAGUAUUCUGAGCAACUUGAAUGACUGAUUAUGAACACUCAUUCCAUCUUUUUUAGUACAUAUUUUUAUUUUUGUCCACACUUAUGAAAGAUGUGGAACACUCCUAACAUAGUUUCAAUGCUGCUCCAUCACUGAACAUUUCAUUUAAUUUCACCCUAAUGUGAGUAAAAAUGUAUAAAAUUUUAACAAAAUGUUACAGAUUUAGCUUGUUAAAAGACUGAAGAUGAUUUCUGAUUGAAAAUAAAUCAAGUUUAGCUGAAUUGUUAAGGAACCUUAACAGAUUAACCAAGAAUAAUAAUUAGUCCUUUUUCAUUAUCGUUUUAUACACAAACUUAUUAAAAAUAACCAAAUCCCACUAUGGAGUUCUGUUAAAACAUUUGUUUAUGUGAUAGAGACAAAAAAAAAGUGGAUCAUCACAGUGUAUUUAUCCAAAUCUAAUCGCAACACUCGUCGUAUAACAGCGCCCCCGGUGGUCGGAUGAAUAAAUGGGUUACAGGUUUGGUGUAGUUGGCUAAAUGUCUGCUUUUCUUGUUUUGUUCUUUAGUUUUAGUUGUUUGUUUUUUAACCUGUUUUAUGACAAUUUGAGAAAAUGUAUUCUUGAAAAUAAAUCAGAACUGACCCAAACAUCAGCUCAGAGAUGUUCAGAUGAAAGAUGUGGAGGAAUCCUGUGGCGGGAAAAGCAGCACCGAAGUCCAUUUUGUUUUUUUCUGCUGCUGGAUAACAAACUGUGGUUCUGCUUUUCUCCAAGCCUUGAUGGUUUUGUCUCUAUUUUAAAAAAUCAUUUUAGAUUUUACUUGUUUUAUGCCGGCAGCAGAACCAGUUGGUGCCAAACUGGUAGAUGUUUCCCUAAAAUGAUUUAUAGUUUCAGAAAUGAUGUGAAAAGAUUUCUCUCUGUUCACCGCUCCAAAGUCUGACCAGUAGGUGGCGCUGUGAGCAGCUUUCCGCUUUGUAAAACCUGCCUGUCUUUUUAAGACGCUUUCACAGCUGAUCCACCAGAGUUCGUCUGAAAACAUCUGAAACAAAUGCAGAGAAAAUUCUGUGGAAGGACGUUUGCUGUUUGUUCUUUGAACUUCUGGCUUAAGAUGGUUUUUUUUUCAUCUUCAUCAACGAAUAGCACCAGACGUUUCUCAGCCCUUCAGGAGGAAGUUUGAGUUUCAGAUACUUUUCCUGAUAAUGUCGAUGUUGGUCCUUUUUGAUGUUGUAUAUAAUUGAUCAGUAGCUUCAUCCUAAUCAAUAAACGUAUUUUGAAUAAAAUGU